AUGAGCGCCCCUGUCGGCGAUGUCGUGUCAGGCAGACCCCGGACAGUUGCGUCGAUCUCGUGGUACGUGUCGGGUCGGUCUCGGUCUCUUGUCUCGCGGCGGGAAGCCGCCCCCACAAUGUCUUACCACGACGUCAUCUGACCUUGGUUCCCGAGACCUUUCUCGGAAUUUAUAUAUUUCCCCCCACCGCUCGUGUUCAACCCUGUUCACCCGUUCUACUCUUCCGUUCGCCGGAUCUAGACGCCGUACCAACAGUACCUCGUCAAGCGCCGUACGCCACACGCCUGCUCGACCCGAAGGACGAAUUACCGACGCCAGCACGACGACUCCUCCCUCGAACUAUUGA